AUGGCGGGGUCAAACUGCGAAGUUGCUGGGAUAUCCACCGCAGCAAUUUGUGGGGAUGGAAGUAUUCUGGAAGGGGUAUCCCCUUGGGUCUGGGGCACUCCCUCAACGCGCUGCUACUCACUUUCACUCCUCACUGCAGUCACGCUUCUCCACAGUGAGCAAUCCAUGGCCGCCACCUUCCGUUAUCUACUUCUCAUACUCACAGCAACCCUUCUUGCUUCCCACGUUUCUUCAACACAGCAACAAGAAGUACAAGAACCAGAACCCAUCACUCGCUACAAACAAUAUUUAAGAUUCAAAACAGCCCACCCCAAUCCUAACUACACCGCACCCGUCUCCUUCCUCCUAACCCAAGCCCAAUCCAUCGGCAUCCAAUCCAAAAUCCUUGAGUUCGUCCCCAACAAACUCCUCCUUCUCUUAACUUGGCCGGGCUCAAACCCUUCUCUCCCUUCCAUUCUCUUCAACUCCCACCUCGACUCCGUCCCCGCCGAGCCCGAUAAAUGGGCCCACCCUCCUUUCUCCGCCUUUCACUCUCCCGAAACCGGCCAAAUCUUCGCCCGUGGGGCCCAGGACGACAAGUGUAUCUCCAUGCAAUACCUCGAAACCAUCCGCAACUUGAAACUCACCAAAAAGUUCCAGCCAAUCCGGACCAUCCACGUGUCCUACGUCCCCGACGAGGAGAUCGGGGCGGCGGAUGGGAUGGCGAAGUUCGUUGAAUCGAAGGAGUUUCGAGAGCUGAACGUGGGGUUUGUGAUGGACGAAGGACAGGCUUCCACGAACGAUGACUUUAGAGUGUUCUACGCGGACAGGGCACCUUGGAAUUUGAAAAUUAAAGCAGUGGGUGUACCGGGGCACGGCUCCAGGAUGUUCGAUAACAGUGCUAUGGAGAACUUGAUGAAGAGCGUUGAAAUGAUUACUAGAUUUAGAGACACUCAGUUUGAUGUGGUUAAGGCAGGAAAAGCGGCGAAUUCCAAGGUUAUUUCGGUCAAUCCGGUUUAUUUGAAAGCCGGGACGCCAUCACCAACUGGGUUUGUAAUGAACAUGCAACCUUCAGAGGCUGAAGCCGGGUUUAAUAUUAGGUUGCCACCUACAGCUGACCCGGAUCUUUUGCGGAAGAGAAUUGCAGAAGAAUGGGCCCCCUCUAUGAGGAACAUGACAUAUGAGAUAAUUCAGCUAGGACCAUUAAGGGACUACAAGGGGCGCCCUCUAAUGACCCUAACAAAUGAUUCAAAUCCUUGGUGGUCUGUUUUCAAGCAAGCUAUCACAGCAGCUGGAGGAAAACUUGCAAAGCCUGAAAUUUUGGCUUCAACUACUGAUGCUCGUUUCAUGAGAGAGCUAGGAAUUCCCACUCUUGGUUUCUCCCCAAUGUCAAAUACCCCUAUCUUGUUGCAUGACCAUAAUGAGCAUCUGAAAGAUACUGUGUACUUGAGAGGAAUUGAGAUAUACGAAUCUGUAAUCAGCUCUUUGAGUUCUUUUGUGGAAGCAUCUCAGGAAGCAUCUCAAUAGACUCUCUCAUCAUUAUACGUUUCAGUGUUUGUUAAUGGGGAGAACGAUCCAUAUGCUGAACUCAACGUGGUGGUUAUGUUCCGACUAAUAUG